GCGAAAUGUCAACUUUAUAAUUCGUGAACUUUAAUUGCUAAUAAUAAUUUAAAAAUUAUUCUAAUUUGUCAUUUUUGUAUUAGAAUUUUUGUCUUAAGAUAUUUCAAAGAAUUCUUGAAAGGAAAUGCAGAGGAUCUGAGACACCCUAUAUAUAUUAUUUAUUUCUUCAUGUAACUUCUAGGAAUUGUGCUAUUUGUGUUCGCCGAUAUGUUCAUUGAUAUCUGCUCUCUUAUAUAUUUACUCACGUUGUUAUACCAAUUAAUCUGAAAAGUUAGGAUUAUAUUGUGCAAUUAUUGGAGAGAUUUAAAAUUAUGGCUAAAGCGACAACGUGCAAGGAGGCCAUUCAAAGAUGGGAAGAAAAAACAGGACUGGUCGCGGGCGAACAGACAGAGAUAAUUUUAUCCUUCCAGUGGCCUCCAAUCGAGAGAAUGGAUAACAAUUUGGCAGCGCUAAUCAAUGUCGAGAAAUUAUCUUUAUCGACAAAUGUAAUCGAAAAGAUCAGUGGUAUUAAUUCGUUGAAAUAUCUGAGGAUCUUGUCACUGAGCAGAAACAAUAUCAAAACGUUCUCAGGAUUGGAGGCGAUUGGGGACCACUUGGAGGAGUUGUGGAUAUCUUAUAACUUGAUUGAAAAGAUCAAAGGUGUCGGUGCUCUCAAAGCGCUCAAGGUUUUAUAUAUGGGCAACAAUCUGGUGAAAGAUUGGGCGGAAUUCAAUCGCCUGCAAGAGAUACCUAAUCUUCAAGAUUUGCUGUUCAUUAACAAUCCUAUAUGCGAGAACAUGGACGCGGAAUCGUGGCGCGCGCAAGUCGUAAGGCGAUUGCCUGCGUUGAAGAAGCUCGACGCGAUACCGAUCGUGUUACAAGCAGGUGAAGACUGAAUUAUUAAAAGACUUUUAAAAAUAGAGAUUAUCAAUUGAAGUGGAUUUGUGCGGAAGUAAUAUAAAAUUUUAUAUUUACAAGAUACACGAGUUACUUUCAACAAUAAAAUUGUUAUAAAAACA